CCCAUUUUCUUGUUUUCUUUUUUCCUUUUGCCUUUCUUUUCUUGUUAUCAUAGUCCCUUUUUUCUUUAUCAAUAUUGCAUGAUGGAAACAAUCCAACAGCAACCUCAGGAAGACGUAACGCAAAGUACUGCCGCCAAUGACGAUAUAGCACAACAGAUAUACUCUAAUAUUGAGGCACUUCAGGAUAAACAGCACAUGAUGCAUAUAAACUCUGAAGCAAAGUUCAUACCACUACCUCCUUCUUUACCCAUAUCACCAAGCAUCUCUUCACCUUCUGUUAUGAAAGAGCUGCAGCAAAAACCAGAAGAUUGUCCAUGUCACCAUAUAUUCAAUGAACAAGAUAUAACCAGAUGCUCACUGUGUCAGUCACCCAUCAUGGCUGUUGAAGAGUUGCUGAAGGAAAAGGAACAAUUUGAAGCAGAAAUAAAGAUGUUGCAAGGUCAACUUAAGAGUGAACAGACGAGGAUUGACGAGCAAAUGCAGUCCAUAUCCGCUUUGAAUGAUCGUUUAAAGCAAUUAACCGAAACUUUAGAUACAAAGACUGUAGAAUUCAAUGCUUUACAGCACGACAUGGAAUUAUUGAAUGAUAAAUAUGUGGAUGAGAUUGAACGAGUAGCCGAAAUACAGCACUCAAAAGAUAUGGUAGAGAGCGAACUAGAAGAUUUAUCUAGGCGGCUGUUUGAGGAAGCAAAUGGAAUGGUAGCCAACGAAAAAAGGGAAAAGCACAAUCUGGAGAUUGCUCAAAAACAUCUCGAAAAUCAGUUGAAGGAAACAAAAGAAAGAUUAGCAGCCGAGCAAAUGCAAUUGAAAGAGUUGAAGAAGCGUAUGGAAGAAAUGACGAAAGAAAUGGAAAAUGAGCAAAAAGAAGCAGCAGCAGCAGCAGCAGUAGAUGAUGAUCACUUACAUGCAACAGCAGAUAAUUUGAACCCUAUUAUACCAAAAACACCCGAUCACAUCAAAGAUGUCACCACUUUAUUAGCCGAGCGUUCAUCACUGUUGAACAAUCAGAAGAGACAGGACGGUAUUGAUCCAUUGGUACUAGAUGAAUUUCAAGAAUUUGUUCGAUUGGGUGCAUCGGUCAGUUUGAAAAAAAUACAUACCAUUCCAUUCAUGAAAAAUUGUCAAGAAGAGGAUGUAGAAGCUUGUUUGAGAUUUGGACCCAAUAGUCGGCUUUCCGCUCGUAAAAUCAAUGAAGCCAUCGUUAUGAAUACAUGUUUCAUUGAAGAGGCACCACAAGGAUUUGCAGAAGAAGAACAAGCAAGGAUAGCCGAGACGAAUACACCACUCAAGAUAUCUGCGGCAAAAACCUUGAUGUGGGAGAGAUUUAGUAGCAGCAGUAGUAACAGUAGCAGUAAUAGUCAAGGAAACCAGGCCCAAGGUUGUCAAGCUUGUGGAAGGAACGAUCUUAGUACAACGUUACCCUACCGUUUCAGGAUUAGUUAUUUCGACGAUUGGGCUUGCAUUGACCGAUUUUGCAGAGAUCGAUUAGUGGCUGUUUGUGAAUUCUAUGUCUUUAUUAGAAACAUUCGACAAGGACUCUAUGGCAAUCGAAGUAUAGUUGAUCUAUAUCACGAGGCCAUGCGUUUGAGGUUGCAAAUGUUUUAUGCAAGGAUGGGCGCUCUCCCAUGGACAUUACGUACUGCUAAUAAUGCAGAAUCACGGAGGAAGGAUACAAAACAACAGCUCAGAGUGGUUGCAUCAGAGUCAUCACCUUUGCCAAAAUCACCGGCAGUAAAAAGUACGGAGCAUGAGACAGCUAGCAGUAAACGACGAGGUAGCAUGAUUGAUAUACGCCAAAAACAGCAGCAAGGCGUGAAAAACGAGAAGGAAAGAAACGAUUCACCGUCCAUUCGACUUGAAAUAAACAACAAUAACGACAAAAAAUAAUGGAAAUCGUUAUCCUUACUAUUAUUCCCAUAAUUGUUAUAAUUGUACACGCCUACUUUUAAUACCUCUUUACAGCUAUUUAUUCUAAUUUGUUGUUUCUUAACCACUAUCUACACUAAUUCGCUACUCACAUCAUAAUGAUUUUAUCCUUAUUUUCACAUUUUACCCAAUUUUUUUGCUUGCAAUAAAAUCUCAUGCCGAU